CAAGGGCAAGGGCAAGGGCAAAUACGCCAUUACAUUUAAAACCCUAGUCUCUUCAUUUCAGUGCUCCAUUUAUAUACAUUUUGAGUCACUAUUUUACUCCCCUACCUCGGGAUCUGAACGGGGACCUCUCUUCUGGUCCCCUUCUUGUUUGCAAUCAUGGCCGAUGGACCGCAAUAUCCAUCAGUUGCUCAGAAGUUACGUGGGCAUUCUUAUUUGGUGUCUAGACUUAGCCCCAACUUGAACUCCAGGAGUUACUCUACAUCUGGUACUUAUGCCUAUGGAGGAUUGCAGAAUUCUGGUUUGGCGAUUGGGUCACCUCUAUCGUUCAUUAUGGUGCCUGCUCCAUCAGAGAAAGAAGCAGCUGGGUUUUUGGUAGAUUUUCUGAUGGGAGGAGUGUCUGCUGCUGUGUCGAAGACAGCUGCUGCUCCUAUUGAACAAGUUAAAUUACUUAUCCAAAACCAGUAUGAAAUGCUCAAAAGUGGCAGGUUAUCUGAGCCAUAUAAGGGAAUUGGUGAUUGUUUUGCUCGAACCAUGAAGGAUGAGGGUGUAAUUGCUCUGUGGAGAGGCAGUACUGCUAAUGUUAUCAGAUAUUUCCCUACUCAGGUCCCCUUCUUGUUUGCAAUCAUGGCCGAUGGACCGCAAUAUCCAUCAGUUGCUCAGAAGUUACGUGGGCAUUCUUAUUUGGUGUCUAGACUUAGCCCCAACUUGAACUCCAGGAGUUACUCUACAUCUGGUACUUAUGCCUAUGGAGGAUUGCAGAAUUCUGGUUUGGCGAUUGGGUCACCUCUAUCGUCGAUUAUGGUGCCUGCUCCAUUAGAGAAAGGUGCAGCUGGGUUUUUGGUAAAUUUUCUGAUGGGAGGAAUGUCUGCUGCUGUGUCGAAGACAGCUGCUGCUCCUAUUGAACGAGUUAAAUUACUUAUCCAAAACCAGUAUAAAAUGCUCAAAAGUGGCAGGUUAUCUGAGCCAUAUAAGGGAAUUGGUGAUUGUUUUGGAAUGUAUGAUUCUCUGAAACCAGUUGAUUUGGUUGGUGGUAUGCAGGCUCUGAACUUUGCGUUUAAAGAUUACUUCAAGAGGCUUUUCAACUUCAAAAAAGACAGAGAUGGCUAUUGGAAGUGGUUUAAUUUAGCAUCUGGUGGGGAUGAUGGGGCUUCCUCACCCUUAUUUGUCUAUUCUUUGGAUUAUGCCCGUACCCGCUUGGCAAAUUAUGCAAAGGCUGCAAAGAAGGGUGGUGAGAAGCAGUUUAAUGGAAUGGUUGAUGUUUACAGCAAAACCUUACAGUCUGAUGGCAUUGCUGGCCUUUAUCGUGGUCUUUUCUUUGGAAUGUAUGAUUCUCUGAAACCAGUUGAUUUGGUUGGUGGUAUGCAGGUUUCUGUGUUGUUUUUACUGUUAUUGCGUCAACCGAGAGUCUAUACAAUUUCAGAAGGUUACCGUUUCUUGAAAAAAUCUAUAACACAGAAAGGGGGUCCCUAGUGGAACUGUCAACCCAACACGUAGCAAAUCGCAUCUUAAAGAAAUAUCAAAAGAUUAAUAGGAAGACAGGGGGUGCAAUUAUUUUUACUGGUUUCACGUUUAUAGAGGUAUUUGAUGCUGUUAAAGUUUAUGG